CAUGGCCUAAUACCAUCAGUGUCUCCACUAUACCCACUAUAUAUAUACGCGUGACUAGUCCAGAUUCACACUCCAAUCCAAAGCAAAGAACACCAAGAGGAGCAUCAGCCAUUACAUUGUGUUCAGCCUAUAGCCAGAGCCAGCUGAUGAACUAGAGCUAGUAGGGUUCUACUGACGAGCUCCUGCUGCCUCUAUCUGCAGCCUCCCUCCUGUCCUACUACUCCUCCGCGGUGGUGCCGGCCGGCGAGGCCCCCCUUCUUACACACGACAGACAGGUACGCUGCAACGGAACUGAAGCAAAGACGACAGAGGCCGGGGCAUACAUGGAGAUGGCCGCGGCGGCGAAGGGACGACCUAUUAGUGCCCCGCCAGAGUGGCGGGUGACGGUGCCCGAGGGCGCCUCGGUGGCGGUGGAGCACGAGGCGGCGGCCUGCCGGGCCGCGCGGGCGUGGGCGUGGCUGGUCUCGUGCGUGCUCGCGUUCUGGGACAGGGGGCUUGGAUUCGGCAGGCGUGUCUGGAGGAUCGGCGCCGACGACCCCAGGAGGGCGGUGCACGGCCUCAAGGUCGGCCUCGCCCUCACGCUGGUCUCCGUGUUCUACUACAGCAGGACUCUCUACGACGGCGUCGGCGGCGCUGCCAUGUGGGCCGUCCUCACGGUCGUCGUCGUCUUCGAGUACACUGUCGGUGGCUGCGUGUACAAGGGCUUCAACCGAGCCUUCGCGACGGCCAGUGCCGGUGCGGUCGCGCUUGGCGUGCAUUGGAUCGCCAGCAAGUCCGGUGACAAGCUCCAGCCGUUCAUCACAAGUGGAUCAGUUUUUCUGCUUGCUGCCAUGGCGACGUUCUCGCGCUUCAUCCCGACGGUGAAGGCGCGGUUCGACUACGGCGUCACCAUAUUCAUCCUCACCUACAGCCUGGUAGCCGUGUCGGGCUACCGCGUCGACGCGCUCCUGGCGAUGGCGCAGCAGCGGAUGUGCACCAUCGCCAUCGGCGUCUCCAUGUGCAUCGCCAUCUGCGCGCUCAUCUGCCCCGUGUGGGCCGGCCAGGAGCUGCACCGCGCCACCGUGCGCAACAUGGACAGGCUCGCCGACGCCGUGGAGGCCUGCGUCGAUGACUACUUCGCCGCCGGCGCCGGCGCGGAGGCGAGCUCCAAGCCCAACACGAAGGCGGACGAGGGGUACAAGUGCGUGCUCAACUCCAAGGCGUCCGAGGACGCGCAGGCCAACCUGGCGCGGUGGGAGCCCGCGCACGGCCGGUUCGCCUUCCGCCACCCGUACGACCAGUACAGGAGCGUCGGCGCCGCCAUGCGCCACUGCGCCUACUGCGUGGAGGCCCUGCGCGGCUGCGUCCGCUCAUCGGCGGCGGCGCCCUGCCACGCCAGCAGGCGGCACCUGGCCGGCGCGUGCACGCGGGUGGCGGGGCAGUGCGCGGCGGUGCUCCGCGCGGCGUCGACCUCCGUGAACACGAUGGCGGCGCCGUCGCGGGGCCUGGACUUGGCCGUGCUGGAGAUGGGCGCCGCCGUGGAGGAGCUGCAGGCCGACCUGAGGACGCUCCCGUCCAGCCUGCUGCUUGCUGCCGAGGCAACGGCGGCGGCGGAGCCCGCGGCUCCGACGACGAUGGUAAUGGUAGGCGCGGCACAGCUGUUCACCAUCGCCUCGCUGCUGGUAGAGGUGUCCGUGAGGAUCGAGGGCGUCGUGGACGCCGUCGACACGCUGGCGAACCUCGCGGGCUUCGACCUCGAGUCAGCAGGCGACGAAAACGAGAAGCCUGCAGAGCCCGCGAAAAACGUGACCGAACAGUCGGAAGGGAAUAAUAACGGGUCGACGACGAUGAAGAUGCCAGCUUGAGCAGGCCUUGCUAAUUGGAUUAUCGCGACCAGAAUUCAGUCCACAGCGGCCGGUACAUACCGAAGAUGACGAUGAGUCGAGCCCACUCUGGCAGCUGGCCAGAUUUUCAUACUCGCUCGAUCGAUCUGAUGCGUGCCCUUGGAAAUAACCCUCAUGUUUCCAAUGCAUUCAAAGUUCAAACCAGACCUAACAUGAAGGGAAUAAUCACGUACGGAGUCUGAUUCAGAAUAGUACGGUGUCAUCCAUCGCCACCGAUUGUAAGGGAUGUGAGACCAUUAUUCCUCAUUCCUUAAGCUUAAUUGCUCGUAAAGGAUGAAGAGCAAACGAUGGUAGAUGCACACAUAUUUCAUUUCCGGCAACCAUAACAAGUUGUGGUUAGGUUCAAAUUUAACUAAGAUUGGUUUGUCAGCAGCGACCUAGCUAAUCCUGAAAACCUAACACGUAACGGUGUAAAAGGGCAGCUUUGGGCCAAUGGAAAAUGCUUGAUCAUCA